GUCUUUGCAGCCAAAACCCAGAAUCUUCUGAGAGGACCAAUAAUCGAUUAUCACUUGUUGACAAUCGAUUAUCUGGGUUACCGUUGUCCUCCAACGGAUAGAAUUUUAAAUUUUUGGACAGGGAAUCUUUGGAUAAUCGAUUAUCAAGCUUUGACAAUCGACUAUCACCCUGUGUCUCUGAAAAAUUUGUCUUCAUCCUAUGAAUCUCCCUCCGACUUUGCAAAAUGUCUCAUGAGUAAGGAGGACGAUAUGUGGCUAUGGCAUCGUAGAGUAGCUCAUGUCAACAUGAAUCUUCUGAAUAAAUUGGUUUCACAAGACCUAGUAGUUGGCCUUCCAAAACUCAAGUUUGAGAAGGACACCAUUUGUGAUUCAUGUCAAAAGGGCAAGCAAGCUUAUAGAGUCUUCAACAAACGCACCUUAACCGUUGAGGAAUCUCCUCAUGUUGUCUUCACCGAAAAUGAUGCUCGCUUGGCGAGAAAGGUUUCUUGUGAUGAUCUUAUAGAUUCGUUGGAAAACAUCUACGACGAUGACAAAGUAGACAACUCAAAGGAAAGCCAAGAUGAAGAAGUAGAGCCACCCGUAAACGAGGAACAACCACAAGAGGAGGAAACGCCAAUGCCAAGGGCAUGGGGGACUUCAAAGAACCAUCCUCUUGACAAGGUGAUCGGUGACAUUAACCGAAAGAUUCUCAAGCCUAGGAAGUUCAAUCACACCACUCUCUCCCAAGAGGACACGAAAACGCUCCAUGCAAUAAUUCACAACGCUAACAUCAAUUGGUGUAAAUUUGUGAUGACUCACAAGUUUAGCGCCACCUCCGACGAUCGGCCGCUUCCCUACGCCCUCCUCGUCAUGGCGAUUCUUGAUGAGUACAGCAUCAAGACCGACGUUGGGCCCAAGACAAAGGGGACAAAGCAUUGGGAGAUUGACGAGUCUUCCUUCCACCCGGGAACCGAUGAAGCUACGUUCCCGCAGCCGCGUCCUCGCCCCCAACCGAGAGCCACUGCCUCAAACGCCACCACUUCGACCAAUCCUUCUCUCGCUGAGCAAAUGGCAGCCUUGACCGCCACUCUCUCUCGGAUUGACACCAACGUCUCCAAAACGGCACACAACGUCAAUAUCUUGAGCCGUGAGCUUCACGGGUAUUUUGAUUUUGUCAAUUACCCGUACGCUCAAAUGGUCCCCUACGUUCCUCCACCGAAUUUCGGAGGUGAACAAAGUGGGACUCAAAACGUUGGCAGGGACGACGCGGUGGACGAAGACAAAGGAGAAGAAGAAGCUGAUGAUGAUGAUGAUGAUGAUGAUGGCGAUGAAGGAGGUCAAAGAAAACGAUCUCGCACCGGGAAGAACGUUGCUUCCUCCUCGGCUCCUCCUCCACCACCAGCGCACAAGUACCUCGAUGGGUCGUUCCUUUGGUUCAACGACCGCGCAGAGGCGACGCGGUUCUCGGAGAAGUUUGAACACCGGGAAAUUCUCCCUCCCCGAUUCUCCACCGCCCGCUUCAUUCAUGACUCCAUUCCACGGAGGUUGUUCCCUUGUUGUAAACUCGAAGGAAGUUCCUUGUUCCUUCGUGAGAAGUCUUGGAGUGCGGUAUCUCCGAGCAAAGGUGUUGAGGCUCGUGUGACUCAGGAGUACGAGAUGUUCAAGAUGAAGGAAGGCGAAAAGAUCGAUGACAUGUUCGAUUGGUUCUCAAAGAUCAUCAACGACCUUCACGCUCUCAAGAAGACGUACGCCAACAAGGACUUUGUGAGGAAAAUCCUUCGGAGUCUCACACCCGAAUGGAGAUCAAAGGCUGACGCAAUCUACGAAUCCAUCGGAGUCUCCAAUGUCACCAUCAACGGGCUAAGAGGUAACCUCAAAAUUUAUGAAUCUACUAUUCUAACUCCGUCUUUGGAUGAACAAAAGAAGAAGGGAAUAGCACCGAAAGCAACCAAGGAGACCGUGGAAGAAGACUCAAGUGAUGAUGACAACGAGUUCGGACUCGUCAUCAAGAAAUUCCACAAAUUUAUGAAGAAGGAAUUUGAGCGCAAAGGAAGAAAGCACAACGGUCCCCCGAAGUGCUAUGGCUGUGGUGAGAUAGGCCACAUCAAGCCGAGGUGUCCAAAAGGCAAAAGCGGCAAGGACAAACCUGGCCUCAAAAAGCAACGCGCUUACAUCUCAUGGGGUGGCGACUCUAGGGAUGAGUCAACGGAUCAAGAAGAGGAAGAAGCCGCCAACCUCUGUCUCAUGGCACACGAAGACCACGUCAACGAAGUACAAGAGGUAUGUACCCCUUCUUCCGACUCUUACACUUUUGAAGAAAUGCAAGAAGCUCUUCGAGAGCUUUAGGAUGAAUUUGUUAGCGCUUCUAAAACCAACAAAUCAUUAAAGAAACGUCUUUCAACUCUUGAAAAUGAUUUUGAAAAACUGGAAAGAGAUAAUGAAAAGUUGAAACAAGAAAAUAAAUUUUAUGGUAAAAG